AUGGAACGACAGCCAGAAAAUCGAGUCUCAGCAAGUACAAGAUACCGUCAAAAAAAUCAAGGGGUUGACCAAAACUUUAAUGAUAGCAGAGGCUUCAGCAAUUAUCAAUGUAACAUGUGCAGGAAAAUUUUGUCUUCUAUCUCCUUUCGUCAGUGAACGAACAAAAAAAAUAUGCUUGCUCAUGAAUUAUUUUUUUAAUAUAGAAAUUUCCCGUAGAUGGCACUGUUUGCCCUUGAUUUGCCCACUGAAAAUUUUUUUUGGUUUGACCAAACCAUAUAGUACUGGUCGAACCAAAAAAAUUUUUCAGUGGGCAAAUCAAGGGCAAACUGCGCCAUUUAAGGGAAAUUUCUAUAUAUAAUUUUUAUAAUAAAUUUUUUUUUCGAAAUUUAAAAAAUCCCAAUCCAAAAAUCGUAAAGCAAAUAUUUAUUUAAUUUGUAAAAUUUAUGUUUUUAGAUGCAAGCUUUAAAAAUUAAACAGAAUUAGUUAGAGAUUUCAUUAUACUAAUUAUCACUUAUAUACCAAAAUAUUUUUUCAUAAAAAAUUUUAUUUUUGCUCACGGAGGGGAUUUUUCCAAUGAUUUUGUUCACUUAAGGAGGGGGGAAUAAGCAAAACCUAAAAGAGCAUAUGUUCAUACAUACAGGCCAAAAGCCUUAUGUUUGUAAAGAGCCAGGAUGUGGGUUGACUUUCAGACAGGGAAGUCAACUUUCCGCUCAUAAGAGAAUCCAUACGGCAAUUCGAACUCUUUCUAAUACAAGCGAAGAAACGGCGUACUUAAAGGUAAGAAUUACAUAGCUCACUUCUUUAGUGAUAACAGGAGAAUUUAUAUUGGAAAAAUGCAAUUAUCCUUCUCCAGAUUUUAAUGUAUAGUGAACUACACUGACUGGCACGGGGUGCUUUUUGGCUCAGUUUCGAGCCAAAAGCACCCCAUGCUAUUCAGUGUAGUUAACUAUAAUGGACAAGCCACUUAUAGCUUUACCGCCAAUUAGUGGACCACAACCAUAUAAUAUUAAUUAUUAAAUGCGCAAUUAAAAUAAAAAUUGCUUAGACUUGAGUAGUUAAUCGAUCGCAAGGUUACUGAUUUAUAUAUAAUUAAAUCUAGUAUAUAACCUUAAAAUAG